AUGUCCAUGUAUCCGCACCGAGGCAUGGGGGGCGUCCCGCCUGGAGGGAACGGCGCGUCCCGCCUGAACGAGCUGCUCGACAACAUCCGCUCCGAGUUCGAGACCCAGGGUCGCCAAUGCGAAAACUACGAGCACCAGAUCCAAACCCAAGUGAACGAAAUGCAAUUGGUCCGUGAGAAGGUUUACGCUAUGGAGCAAACCCACAUGGCGCUGAAGCAGAAGUUCGAAGAAGAGGUCACGCACCUUCGUCGACAGCUCGAACAGGCCCGAGGCGGCGCUCCUCAGGGCGCCAUGGUCGGCCCCCCUCCCCACCAGGGCCCGCCACAAGCUCCUCCUCCGGCCAUUGGCAUGGGCACGAACGCAUUCAGCGCCAUCAUGUCCGGCCAGGGUGGCCAGGGCGGCCCUAUCCCGCCGCCUCCUCCACCACCCCAGGAGCAGCAGGGCCCUCCUCACCAGAUGCCGCAGCCUCCGCCGGGGCUCCAGGGCCCCCCGCCGCCCCCUCCGCCACCAGCGCAGGCACCUCCUUUCCAGCAGCAGUACCCCCAAGGCCCAGCCCCGGGCGGCUUCCCAUCCCAGCCUCCGCAGAGCACCGCCAGCCCCGGGCCUGGUAAGCGCGGUGGCCCGGGCAGGCCCCCAGCCGGUGGCCCCGCGACUCCUCAGAUCAACACCCCCAUCCCGUACCCCGGACCUGGAGGCCCGGGCCAGUCCCCUCAGGUCGGAACCCACCCGACCCCGGACCACGCCCGGAUGGCUCAGCCGCACCACCCUCCCAACAACGCCCUUGGUGACCUCGAUAUGGAGCGACUUGCCCCCCAGCACAAGAAGGCAAGGGAUGACUGGUUCGUAGUCUUCAACCCGACUGUCCCACGCAUGCUCGAUGUGGAUCUGGUCCACACCCUGGCGCACGAGAGCGUGGUCUGCUGUGUCCGCUUCAGCAUGGAUGGAAAGUACGUCGCGACUGGCUGCAACAAGUCUGCUCAGAUCUACGAUAUCAUCUCUGGAGAGAAGAUUUGUGUGCUGCAGGACGACAACGCCGACACUGGCGGCGACUUGUACAUCCGCAGCGUCUGCUUCAGUCCUGAUGGCAAGUACCUCGCCACCGGCGCCGAGGACAAGCUCAUCCGCGUCUGGGACAUCCAGACUCGCACCAUCCGAAACACCUUCUCUGGCCACGAGCAGGACAUCUACAGCCUUGACUUCUCCCGGGACGGCAGGACCAUUGCGUCGGGCAGUGGUGACCGCACCGUUCGUCUCUGGGACAUUGAGUCUUCCAGCAGCGUGCUCACCCUCACAAUCGAGGAUGGCGUCACUACUGUUGCCAUAUCUCCUGACUGCCGACUUGUCGCAGCUGGUUCGCUGGACAAGAGCGUGCGUGUCUGGGACAUCAACACCGGUCAUCUUGUCGAGCGCCUGGAGGGCCCUGACGGCCACAAGGAUAGUGUCUACAGCGUUGCCUUCUCCCCUAGUGGCAAGGACCUUGUCAGCGGCAGUCUCGACAGGACCAUCAAGAUGUGGGAGCUCAGCUCGUCGCGGCCCGGACAGAUGAACCAGGCUCCCAAGGGCGGGCGUUGCGUCAAGACUUUCGAAGGCCACCGGGACUUUGUUCUCUCCGUUGCCUUGACACCAGAUGCCCAGUGGGUCAUGUCAGGUUCCAAGGACCGAGGGGUGCAAUUCUGGGAUCCCAGAACCGGAAACACCCAGGUCAUGCUGCAGGGCCACAAGAACAGUGUUAUCUCUGUCGCCCCCAGCCCCACCGGAAACUACUUCGCCACCGGCUCUGGAGACAUGCGUGCUCGUAUCUGGUCGUACACCCGAACUGGUCCUUAG